ACUAUCCGCCAUAUUAGUGACCCCUCUCUUCUCUUCCAGGAGCGGAAGCUGAGUGCCCACCCCUAUGUGGAGAUCUAUAAAGGGGAUAAAAUCAUCUUCAUGUGCCCCUUGUCUCGUCAAGAUGACUUCUACGUACCUGAGAUGAAAGAGCUACUGAGGAAGGAGAGAGGAGAGGCGCCUCUGCCAGAGUCUGAAGGUGCUGAACUUGACCCCCUGUUAUUAGAGGACACUUUAAGCUUGGAGCUGGUGUCGGAAAAUCAGGAAGAGACCGAGGCUGAAGGCUCCCAACGAAAAGAGCCAACCAACAGCGAGAAGAGCCCCAGCGAAUCCGGGGCAAGCGCCUCGUCCUUCGAAGAACUGGACCUGGACGGCAACGCGGCGGCCAAAGACCAGCAGGAGGCAAAAACCGAAUGGAGUAAAAUGCCGGAGAGCUGGGAUAAAGAGAGAGCGGAGGAAUGACUGAUCGUAAACGAAUCCUUGUAGAUGAUUAUAGCCGUUAGUAAAGCCUUCACAUAGCGACAGCGCGCUCCGCCCCCCCCCCGUGCACAUCCGCCGCGCGGUGCAGUCAGCUGCCAGCGGGGGGCUUUAGUUUAUAGACGCUCAGUUUCUUUGCAGGAAAACAAAAGUUUUAUUUGUCUUUUAACUUCUUGUAUUGAAGUUGUCGGCUCCGAGGAUCCUGCAGCUGCUGAUUUUUGGCAAGGUGAAUAUUAGCUGAGCGGAGAGCGAGGGCCGCGGGACCCGGAGAAGAGCCUCCUAUGAAGGCGACUCCGAUUGGCUUCACGCGCAUUGAAGAAGAGUCUUGUCCUCAGAGUGUCGGCCGGUUUCAAGGUCGGAAUAAAAUGUUAAGAAAUAAACUGCACAAGACGAAGACUCCGCGUCCUGAUUGAGCGGGACGGAAAUCUCUGUACACCAGCAGCGCCGCGCAGGGGUGUGACCGCGUGUGCGCUCAGGAAAAGUCCUUUAAUCUAAUGAGGCUUGAUUGUUGUCGGCCCACAUCUCCUGCCUCUCCCCUUUAUUCUGCAGUUCUGUGCCCGACCUUUGGAUGCCAUCAUUCUGAUACCUGCUGGCGCAUCCGUUAUCUAGUAUUGCGCGCCCUCCAGAGCUGAUGACUUCUGCUUGGUCAUUUACAUAAAUGUCACCGCCAAGGAAUGCUGGGCUGUCGGGUAAAUUCCUGCUAAUCUGGCAUGAACUUUUUUGGCAUGCCAGAUUAUCAGGUUUCAUAUAAAAUGAAUUGCGCGGUUCAUCUGUUGUCAAGCUCCGGGAAAGAAUUGUAAGACAAGGAGAGCAGGAUGAAUGAAGCUAAUCCGGCAUCCAGUAAUCCAGAAAGUCUCCUGCCUGUUUCCAGUGCAGACUGCAGAAUAAACUCGGGAGACUGAGGAGGAGAAGAAGAACACGUUUAGUUGGGUUCCAGGCUGAUUUGCUGGUGUCCAUACAUGGCUGCUCCCUUUACCUGUCCGGACGGAGACCCGUCCACCUGGAGGCCUCCUGCCGGAGCUAACGGCCUCUUGUGAAGGACAUCGGUCAUUGACCAUGGAAGCUGUGCCUCACUGCUCGCCUGCACACGUUCCUGGAGCUAAGCUGUGUGACCGAGCCCCGACACCUAGGACGAUGUACCGACGAGUGGUGUCUGGUUUGUUGACUGUGCACUGAUUGCUUCCCGUCCUCCAUCUUUAUCCCGCACUUCUCCUGAGACUUGGGUCCAGCCCCUCCAGACAACGUGCAGGUGUCGGUCCUGUAUGAGGGUCUGACCGAGUCCUUCCUCAGCGGCUGUGCGUUUCUCCCAUCCCCGCUGUGGUUCUGAAGAUUCCCGUAUAUGAUAUUUAUUAUUUAUUGUCUUUUCACUUCUUGCGUUGGGUCUGUCGCCGUUCUCUGCUCGUCUCUGCAGCGUCCUAUCAUUUUCGGUAAUUGUAGCCUUUCCGAAAUAAACCUUGUUCU